CGCGAUGUGGCUGAAGCCUGAGGAGGUGCUGCUGAAAAAUGCCCUCAAGCUGUGGGUGCAGGAGCGCUCCAACCAGUACUUCGUGCUGCAGAGGCGGCGGGGCUACGGCGAGGAGGGCGGAGGCGGGCUGGCAGGUCUUCUCGUGGGAACAUUAGAUGCGGUGUUGGAUUCUACAUCGAAAGUCGCCCCAUUUCGCAUCCUGCAUCAGACACCAGACUCUCAAGUCUACUGGUCCAUUGCAUGCGAAUAUGUCUAUGGAUAUAUUACAACUUCGAUUGCCUGCUUUCUGCAGUAGUCCAUCAGGGUCCAGCAGAGAAGAAAUAACAGAACACUGGGACUGGUUAGAACACAAUGUUAUGAAGACAUUGUCAGUGUUUGAUUCAAAUGAAGAUAUUACGAGCUUUGUCCAGGGAAAGAUAAGAGGUUUGAUUGCUGAAGAGGGAAAAGGUUCUUUCACAAAAGAAGAAGAUCCUGAGAAGUUUCGUGAAGGUCUUAUGAAAUUUGAAAAGUGUUUCGGAUUACCAGAGCAGGAGAAGUUGGUUACCUAUUACUCAUGCAGUUACUGGAAGGGCAGAGUGCCCUGUCAAGGAUGGCUUUAUCUUAGUACCAACUUCCUUAGCUUUUACUCGUUUUUGCUGGGAGCAGAAAUAAAACUUAUUAUCUCCUGGGAUGAAAUAUCAAAACUUGAGAAGACUUCCAAUGUGAUUCUGACAGAGAGCAUUCAUGUGUGCUCCCGUGGGGAAGAUCACUAUUUUUCCAUGUUUUUGCACAUCAGUGAAACAUUCCUUCUCAUGGAGCAGCUGGCAAACUAUGCUGUUAGGAGACUUUUUGACAAGGAGACAUUUGAAAAUGACCCAGUCCUUCAUGACCCCCUGCAGAUCACCAAGAGAGGCCUAGAGAGCCGCGCCCACAGUGAGCAGUUCAGUGCAUUCUUCAGGCUGCCCAAAGAAGAGACCUUGAAGGAAGUUCAUGAGUGCUUUUUAUGGGUUCCUUUCAGUCAUUACAACACCCAUGGCAAAAUGUGCAUUUCAGAAAACUACAUCUGUUUUGCUAGCCAGGAUGGCAGCCUGUGCAGUGUAAUAAUUCCAUUAAGAGAGGUCACAGGGGUGGAUAAGGCAGAUCCAGCCAACAGAGGAGUCAGCAUUAGUACCAAAGGAAAAACAGCUUUUCGUUUCACGGAGGUUAGAGAUUUCGAACAGCUUGUGGCAAAGCUCAGAAUGAAAUGCAAUGCAACUUCAAGUCCACAACACAUCAUAAAUACAGAGGUUGCAGCUAGUUCUGCCUCUGACACUUCAAAGGAUUUUGAUGUGGGACCAUCAAAGACAGGACAGAGAGAUAACAGCAAAACUGUCGGUACAGAAGCUCUAAUGACUGUCUACCAUCCUCAGGAUGCUGAGAAUCUAGACUCUAAAAUGUUGAAAGAAAAAAUGAAAGAACAGUCCUGGAACAUCCUCUUUGUUGAACGUGGACAUGGUGUCAGUAUGUUUCGAACAAAGAAGACUCGAGACCUUGUUGUAAGAGGGAUCCCAGAGGCAUUAAGAGGAGAGCUCUGGCUGCUCUUCUCAGGUGCUGUAAACGAUAUGGCAUCCAACCCUGGUUAUUACACUGAGUUGGUGGAAAAGUCCUUAGGAACGUGCACUUUAGCUACUGAUGAAAUUGAACGAGAUUUACGUCGCUCCUUACCUGAGCAUCCCGCUUUUCAAAGUGACACAGGAAUUUCUGCACUCAGGAGAGUUCUUACAGCUUAUGCAUACAGGAAUCCCCAAAUUGGAUAUUGUCAGGCAAUGAAUAUUUUGACAUCAGUACUUCUGCUGUAUGCUAAAGAGGAGGAAGCAUUCUGGCUUUUGGUUGCUGUGUGUGAAAGGAUGCUACCCGAUUAUUUCAAUCGUCGAAUCAUUGGUGCCUUGGUAGAUCAGGCAGUGUUUGAGGACCUCAUCAAGGUUCAUCUGCCUCAGUUGACAGACCACAUGACGGACAUGACUUUUUUCUCCUCGGUCUCUCUCUCCUGGUUCCUUACCCUUUUUAUCAGCGUGCUGCCUAUUGAAAGUGCAGUCAACGUGGUGGACUGUUUCUUCUAUGAUGGAAUAAAGGCAAUCUUGCAGCUGGGUCUGGCAGUGUUGGAAUACAACAUGGAGAAGUUGCUGACUUGCAAGGAUGAUGCCGAAGCAGUCACCGUUCUCAACAGAUUUUUUGACAGUGUCACUAACAAAGACAGUCCUUUGCCUCCAGCUGUGCAGCAGGGCUCCAACCUCAGCAAUGCAAAGAGUGACCACCCAAAAGUGGACAUUACUGAUUUGAUCCGAGAGUCAAAUGAACGAUACGGCAAUAUUCGAUAUGAGGAUGUUGAGAGCAUGCGCUGCAGUAACAGGCUGUAUGUGAUCCAGACAUUAGAAGCUACGACCAAGCAGAAUGUGUUACGUGUUGUGUCUCAGGAUGUAAAAUUCAGUCCUAGUGAUCUUGAAGAACUUUAUGAAUUAUUCAAGAAGGAGCACUUUCUUUCCUGUUAUUGGAAUGUAAAUAGUCCUGUCUUGCAACAUCACGAUGCCAGUCUGCCAUAUCUUGACCAAUACCGGAUUGAUUGCCAGCAAUUCAGGGUUCUGUGUCAUCUCCUGAGCCCCUGGUCACACUGUGCAAACAGAGACUCGCUUGCAUUGUGGACAUUCAGACUGAUGGAUGAGAGCUCCGAUUGCCUUAUAAACUUCAAACAAUUUGCCUGUGUUCUUGAUACCAUGUAUAAUGGAAGUUUCACUGACAAACUCAAGCUUCUUUUUAAGUUGCACAUACCUCCAGCUUUUACUGAAGUAGAAUCUCUGAGCCCUUCCAAAGGUGGUGAUCUUUCAAAAGAAGAACUGAUCCACUUCAGCCAGCUCAGUGUUUCAUCUGUUGGGGAUAGUCUUGAAAGUGAUUCUUUGAAGAGCAGCCCUGAAAAAGUAGGGAAGGGGAAAGUUGAUAUUCAGGCAUAUCUGAAGCAAUGGCAAGAUGAACUUCUUAAAAAAGAAGAAAACAUUAAGGAUUUGCCAAGAAUGAAUCAGUCUCAGUUCAUCCAGUUCUCAAAAACUCUGUACAAUCUGUUCCAUGGGGAUCCUGAGGAGGAACUGUUAUAUCGGGCUAUAGCGGUGGUUACCAGCCUCCUGCUGAAAAUGGAAGAAGUUGGGAGAAGACUGCAGAGUCCCACAUCACCAGUCGAAAGUCCAGCUGCUGUUAUGGAGGUGCCUGCUGAGAUCCCCAGAAAAGGGCAGGAGGAAAGCAGCUCUGAGCAGACUGACAGCAGCAGAGCACAGAGUUUGAGUGGAAACCAUGAAUGGUCAUUUGCCUUUGAACAGAUUCUGGCAUCCUUAUUAAAUGAGCCAGCCUUUGUGAGAUUUUUUGAGAAAUCUCAUGACAUAAAAGUUAAAAUAGAGUGUGCUAAAAAUUUGCAACUUAAAGCAAGAACCACAGUGUGAUUGUCUUUACCAUUGACUCUGAAUUAACCAUAUAAAGCGCUUACAAAUGAAGGUUGUUGCUAUGGAGAUUGAGUCUGGUGUUUACAUAGGGAAUGGAUUUUGGGGAGUUAGCUUUAAAUAUCAGAUUACUGAUAUGUAAUGUAAAUAAAAAUAGUUCGAAGCACAA